AUGGCAGCCCUUAAGUACGCCGGUAUGGAAGAUACUGACAGUGAAGACGAGUUGCCUCCUGGGUGGGAAGAAAGAUCGACUAAAGAUGGAUGGGUUUACUAUGCAAAUCAUGACGAGAUGAGGACACAGUGGGAACACCCCAAGUCAGGAAAGAAGAAACGCUGUGCUGGAGAUUUGCCCUAUGGCUGGGAGCAAAACACCAAUGAACAUGGCCAAAUAAUUUAUGUUGAUCACAUCAAUAAAAGAUCCACUUACUUCGACCCCCGCCAAGUUUUUACUGUGGAAGAUGUGAUGGUGAAGCCCAAACGCUACGAUGGUAACUCAUCGGCUCUCGAGAUCCUUCAAGGUCGGGAUCUCUCCGAAAAAGUAGUCGUGAUUACUGGCGGAAACUCUGGGAUUGGCUUUGAGACAGCCAGGUCUUUUGCGCUACACGGUGCCCGCGUCAUCCUGGCCUGCCGAAACCUGUCCCGGGCCAAAAAAGCUGUGAGCAUGAUACAGGAAGAUUGGCACAAAGCCCGAGUUGAAGCCAUGAUGUGUGACUUGGCCUCUUUCCGCAGCGUCAGGGAGUUUGCAGAUGAAUUCAAAGCCAAGAACCUGCUUUUGCACAUUCUGGUGUGCAACGCGGCCGUGUGCACUCAGCCAUGGAGUUUGACUGAGGACGGCCUGGAGUCCACCUUCCAAAUCUGCCAUUUGGGCCAUUUCCUGCUGGUCCAGUGCUUGGAGGACGUGCUGCGGCGUUCAGCGCCCUCCCGCGUGUUGGUGGUGUCGUCCGAGUCUCACAGGUUCACAGACUUGCUAGACUCGUGCGGUAAAGUGGAUUUGGCACGGUUAUCGCCCCCGCGCACGGAGUAUUGGUCCAUGCUGGCCUACAACCGCGCCAAGUUGUGCAAUAUCCUGUUCAGCAACGAGCUUCACCGCCGCCUCUCUACGCACGGGGUGUCGUCCAACGCUCUGCACCCCGGGAAUAUGAUGUAUACGGGCAUUCACAGAAGCUGGUGGCUCAUGACAUUCUUCUUCACCCUGGCCAGACCCUUCACAAAGUCAAUGCAACAAGGCGCCGCCACCACCGUGUACUGCGCCGUGGCUCCCGAGCUGGAGGGCCUUGGGGGCAUGUACUUCAACAACUGCUUCCGCUGCGAGCCCUCCAUCCAGGCGCAGGAUCCCGACGCUGCCGUCGCCCUGUGGGAGCUGAGCGAGCGCCUGGUCGCACGCGGUGACAAGACCGUCGCCCGUAUCCGGGCCCUCUGA